AAAUCCUUCCUCAGCCCCACGUGGAUUUUCCUUGAAUGGGUGACACCUGAUGACUUCCUCGACCAACUCAGUGAUGACUUCUAUUCAGUUCGCCUUAAUGGCCACGAGAUACAGUCUAUCAAGCCAAAUUCCACAGCACUGAGUGCAACUAUAUUCGUGGACCUGUGCACUAAUCAGAACGUGACUAUUGUCCCAGUAAGACCGGGAUUGAACCCCGGAAUUGCAGAUAUCACUAUUAGAAACUGGGAAAACGAGAUCUCCAUCAAGCGGGACUUGGAAAACUUCAGACAUGUCAUAAUGGAGCAAUGUGGCUUUUGCCCGACCAAACAGCUGGACAAACUGUGCCAGAUGCCAUUUGAACACAAUGGGCAGAACUACAACUCCUGUGCUCCAAUCUCAAAUAAGGACUCCCUUCAGUGCAAAGACAGAAAUGGGACCGUUUGGGACUGUUAUUAUGAUGAUGAAAACAAUUUCUGCAAACCUCCCUCACCGGAUUUCGGCCCUAUUUUCUUCCAAACUCUGGUGGCAGGCGAGUCUGCACGUCUGUUUUGGGACGCGUCAUCCAGCUUGUACAACAAUUUUGACGUCUUCAUCAACGAGGAUCACAUCGCAGUUGUAGAGCAAACAGAGUACAAUGCGACCAAUUUGACAGCUGGCCUGGAGUACAAGGUGCAGGUUUACAUGAACAGCUUCCACAGGAGAUCUGGACCACAGACUCUGGUUUUCAAUAUGACAAAUUCUGACGAGAACUUGGCAGCUACCAACAUCACGUCCUCUUCGGCUACGUUGAUUUUCGACAUCAAAGAACGCAACGAUUUUGAAAACUCCUCCCAGACGUGUUCGAUUAGUCAUCUAGAACUGGAUACGCGUAUCGAAGAUGCCGACUUUAUUCGGAUGUUUCUGACCCCAGCUGAAAUAGAAUCUGGGAAAUCCACUAAAAUAGUGGAUAGUUCAAACAAUAUCAAUGUGGGCCAGCUGAAUUCUGGUUUCAUCUUCUGUUUCGAAGUUUCUCCAAUCAAUACGUGUACUAAUAUGUCUAUGGAGAACAGAACGCUUUUUAGCUGCGCUCCAAUAGUGCCGCAACCACUGAACGAAUUGACCAGUAAUUUGACAUUUGUGGCCAACAAUGAACAAACGACGGAAGGGAAAAGUGGAAUUGGGAUAAACGCUUCCUUGAGUCAACUAACAGCUGCGGAAUUCAUUCAUAUGAUCGUUACGUGUACAGUUCCAAACGUAACUGUGAUUGACGAUGGCGGUUUUAAAAUAAUGAUCAAGGAAGUUGAGAGCGUAGUGAUGAACAAGACAGUCUCUGAGUGCAGAACUUCAAAUUGUGCAUUCAAAUCGGAAGAAUCAGACGCAAUUUGGUUCACCUCCGAAGUGUUGCCUUCUGAAAAUCAAGAAUCUGGGCUCAGAUGUGACGUGGAAAUCUUUACACGCACUGAUUUCUCUGAAUCAGAUCACACAGUAAUAUCUCACUUUGAAGCUCCUAACCCCGUGGAGAUGUUGACCAUCUAUUCGGUGGAGGAAAAUUCUCUGAGAAUCAACUGGCUUCCUCCCGCAAAUGGAUUUUUUGACCACUUUUUCAUCGAAAUCGCUUCAAAGGGCGACCUGAUAUCUUCCCAAAAAAUUGAUGGCUACUUGCGCUACGUUGCUUCUGACCUUGUUCCCGGCACUGAGUACACUAUUUCUGUCUUCGCCGUCUCAGACCCUCAAGGUCAAGUGAGGUCAAAAGAUGCUUCAAUUACACAAGACUCAGCCCCUGCUGCACCGCAAAACCUGAUAAUUGAUCAUCUCUCAGAUCUACAAUCCAUUGAUGUCAAUUUUGAUUAUUCUGAAAGUGCAGAAAUCAAAGGAUUUCAAAUUCAAGUUCACGAGCUAGACGAGGAGGGCGAUCCAAAUUAUUCUUCUGAGAAUAUUCUAGAAGACAGUUCUAUAUCCUUACCUAUACAUUUGAAUCCAGAUGUGCAGACAUAUCGACUGAAACUUGCUAAAUUUGCAUCAGCAUACAAAAUUAUUGUCAGGAGUGAGAGCAUAAACGGGCAAAUUAGUAUACGUUUUGCCAGCCAGAAUAUCAUAACAGGACUCCCGCAAAGAGAGAUCGCGUUAACAGAGUUGUCAAGGAGCGAGGAUAGUUUAUGUUUUCUGUGGGAAACAGUCAAUGGGACAAACAGAGGAAUUGUGAACAAACUGCGCACUGUUUUGGUCCAAGAUAACAGCUUCCUUCGACAAAGCGAGUCUUCAAGCGUGUCUAUUGAAUCGACAGAGCACGGAUUUGGUCUGAAGUGCAUCCAAUAUGUAAGAAAUUACACUCAAGACAGACUAACUGUGCAACUGCACUUUUGGAGGGAGCAUACAGCAACUAGCUUGAAAACAACUGCCUCAAUCAACCAGUUCAGCAUCGCUCCUCAAGAAGAAAUCAACUUCAACCUUGACAUCAAAAUGAACUGUCAAACAAACAGCUGCAUUCUCACUAUCAUGGCAGAGCCUUUUCAGCAAUUGAAAAAACUCGACUUCAAAUGCAAGAUUUUCGAGAGUGAAGUUUUGGAUGGCAAAAAUUUGGUUCAACAAAUUGAACUAGAGGGGUCAAACUGUGAGACGGAGCUCGAUUCGUGCACUUACACUCUGUCGGAUUUGACGCCAGAUACGCACUAUAAUUUCGAAAUGAAACCAUCUCUUUUCGGAAAAGAAAUGCCUCAUAUAUUCAACGAGCAAUUUCACACAAAAAAGGCAGACGAAGGAAACGUUCUGGUCAUCAUAAUCAUCGUCGUUGCAUCAAUCACACUCCUCAUUCUAGUAGUUGUAGCAACUGCUUACCUGUUGCAUUAUAUGCGAUCCAAUAAAAAACCCAGAGAUGAAGCAAAAACUGACCAACCAACACAUUCAACUUACGACAAUAUAUACUUUGACAAUCAACCCAAUUUGUAUGAGGAACCAACAGCAAACUAUGAUGAAGCAGUGUGCCUUGAGACUUCCUUCAAUAACAGACAAGAAGAAGGCGAAGAAAAGGAAGGAAAAAACGGCGAAGAAAAAGAAGGAAACGAGGAAGAAAGCGUUGAAGGAGAAAAAGAAGAAGAAAAAGAAGUAAAAGAAGAUUAGCAACGUAGAGAUGAGAAAAAAGAUGAAAUACAAAAAUCAAAAUUUUGAAUUGAAAAGUCACCGACUAUACAUCAACAGAUUUAACUCAAAUACAUUCAACUUGAUAAUUUCUUAACACUAUGUAUUAUUAACAAC